CCGAGGCUGCAGCGGCGCAUCCCGUGGCGCGGCGCCCACCGGCACCCUAGGCGCGGCGGGCGCGCUGAGGGCUCGGCUCUGAGGGCGCCGCGGGCCCGGGCGCCCUGGGGUGAGGGGGCCGGGAGGGGGCUCCGGAGCCUGGGCCGAAGCUGGGGAGACGACGCCCGAGAGGACGAAGCCGCGGCGAGGAGCGGAUCUUUCGAAGAUGGUUUGGCUGCCUGGGAGAUUUGGAGAUCUGAUGCCACGAUGAGGACUCACACACGGGGGGCUCCCAGUGUGUUUUUCAUAUAUUUGUUUUGCUUUGUGUCGGCUUACAUCACCGACGAGAACCCAGAAGUCAUGAUUCCCUUCACCAAUGCCAACUAUGACAGCCACCCCAUGCUGUACUUCUCCAGGGCAGAGGUAGCAGAGCUCCAGCUUCGGGCGGCCAGCUCCCACGAGCACAUUGCCGCCCGGCUCACCGAGGCUGUGCACACCAUGCUGUCCAGCCCCUUGGAAUAUCUUCCUCCUUGGGACCCCAAGGACUAUAGCGCUCGCUGGAAUGAAAUUUAUGGCAACAACCUGGGCGCCUUGGCAAUGUUUUGCGUGCUGUAUCCUGAGAACAUCGAAGCCCGAGACAUGGCCAAAGACUACAUGGAGAGGAUGGCAGCUCAGCCUAGUUGGCUGGUCAAAGAUGCUCCUUGGGAUGAAGUCCCACUUGCUCACUCCCUGGUUGGUUUCGCCACUGCCUACGACUUCUUGUACAACUACUUGAGCAAGACACAACAGGAGAAGUUUCUUGAAGUGAUUGCCAACGUCUCGGGAUAUAUGUAUGAAACGUCCUACAGGAGAGGAUGGGGGUUUCAGUACCUGCACAAUCAUCAGCCCACCAACUGCAUGGCCUUGCUCACGGGAAGCCUGGUCCUGAUGAAUCAAGGGUAUCUUCAAGAAGCCUACUUAUGGACCAAACAAGUUCUGACCAUCAUGGAGAAGUCUCUGGUCUUGCUCCGAGAGGUGACAGAUGGUUCCCUCUACGAAGGCGUUGCCUACGGCAGCUACACCACUAGAUCACUCUUCCAGUAUAUGUUUCUUGUUCAGAGGCACUUUGACAUCAACCACUUUGGCCACCCGUGGCUUAAACAACACUUUGCAUUUAUGUACAGAACCAUCCUUCCAGGGUUUCAAAGAACUGUGGCUAUUGCAGACUCCAAUUACAACUGGUUUUAUGGUCCAGAAAGCCAAUUAGUGUUCCUGGAUAAAUUUGUCAUGCGUAACGGCAGUGGCAACUGGCUUGCUGACCAGAUCAGGAGGAACCGUGUGACGGAAGGUCCAGGGACACCAUCCAAAGGGCAGCGCUGGUGUACUCUUCACACGGAAUUUCUCUGGUAUGACGCCAGCUUGAAAUCUGUGCCUCCCCCGGAUUCUGGCACCCCCACGUUGCAUUAUUUUGAAGACUGGGGUGUUGUGACCUACGGGAGUGCACUGCCUGCGGAAAUCAAUAGGUCUUUUCUUUCCUUCAAGUCGGGAAAACUCGGGGGCCGUGCAAUAUAUGACAUCGUCCACAGAAACAAGUACAAAGACUGGAUCAAAGGAUGGCGAAACUUUAACGCAGGGCACGAGCAUCCCGAUCAAAACUCAUUUACUUUUGCCCCCAAUGGCGUGCCUUUUAUUACGGAGGCUCUCUAUGGGCCAAAGUACACCUUCUUCAACAACGUGUUGAUGUUUUCGCCCGCCACGGCCAAGAGCUGCUUCUCUCCCUGGGCCGGGCAGGUCACCGAAGACUGCUCCUCAAAAUGGUCUAAAUACAAGCACGACCCGGCAGCCAGCUGUCAGGGGAGGGUGGUGGCCGCGGUGGAGAAAAGCGGGGUGGUUUUCAUCCGAGGGGAGGGAGUGGGCGCCUACAGCCCCCAGCUGGACCUCAAGAGCGUCCAGAGGAACCUGAUCCUCCUGCAUCCGCAGCUGCUGCUCCUGGUGGACCAGAUCCACCUGGGAGAGCGGAGCCCGCUGGAGACCGCAGCGAGCUUCUUCCACAACGUGGACGUUCCUUUCGAGGAGACGGUGGUGGACGGGGUCCACGGGGCUUUCAUCCGGCAGCGGGACGGGCUCUACAAAAUGUACUGGAUGGACGACACCGGCUACAGCGAGAAGGCGACCUUCGCUUCGGUGACGUACCCUCGCGGCUACCCCUACAACGGGACCAACUACGUGAACGUCACCGUGCGCCUGCGGAGCCCCGUCACCAGGACGGCUUACCUGUUCAUCGGGCCGUCGGUGGACGUGCAGAGCUUCAGCAUCCACGGGGACGCGCAGCAGCUGGACGUGUUCGUCGCCACCGGCGGGCACGCCUACGCCGCCUACCUCUGGACCGGGGAGAGCACGGGCCAGUCCGCCUUCGCGCAGGUCAUUGCCGACCGGCGCGAGAUCCUGUUCGACCGGAGCUGCGCGGUCCGGAGCGCGCCGGUGCCCGAGCUGCGGGACCACGCCGCCCUGGUGGAGCAGAACCUGCAGCGCUUCAAGCCGGUGUUCCAGCUGCUGGAGAAGCAGAUCCUGUCCCGCGUCCGCAACACCGCCAGCUUUCGGAAGACCGCCGAGCGCCUGCUGAGGUUCUCCGACAAGAGGCAGACGGAGGAGGCCAUCGACAGGAUUUUUGCCAUCUCGCAGCAGCAGCAGCAGCAGCAGCAGCAGCAGCAGAGCAAGUCCAAGAAGAACCGGAGGGGAGGCAAACGCUAUAAAUUCGUGGACGCCGUCCCCGAUAUUUUUGCACAGAUCGAAGUCAACGAGAAGAAGAUCCGCCAGAAAGCUCAGAUUUUGGCACAGAAAGAACUGCCCAUCGACGAGGAUGAAGAGAUGAAAGACCUUUUAGAUUUUGCAGAUGUGACGUAUGAGAAACACAAAAGCGGUGGCUCCCUGAAGGGCCGCUUUGGACAGGCCCGGAUGAUGACGACGACGCGCAGCAGGCCCCCGUCGCUGUCGUCGUCCUACACCAGACUCUUCCUGAUCCUGAACAUUGCUAUUUUCUUUGUCAUGCUGGCAAUGCAACUGACUUAUUUCCAGAGGGCCCAGAGCCUGCAUGGCCAAAGAUGUCUUUACGCAGUCCUCCUAAUAGACAGCUGUAUUUUAUUGUGGCUGUACUCUUCUUGUUCCCAGUCCCAGUGUUAGCACUAAAGCCAGCCAUUGUUUGAUCGUUUCGUGGUCCCAAGAAUCUAUGCAGAAAACAAAACUUGCCGGUUUGUUAUUGGACUUUUUAUCUCAGAUUCCUUUUUACAAAUUAAGGGGGAACAUAUUUUCACACAAAAAGGAAGGGAUAUUGAGAAAUCAGAAUUGGAAAGGCAAAGGUUUAUCAGAGGAGUAAACUCGAGCGGCUUGGUUGUUCCAUGGCGUUUCUGGAAGUAUUUGCCUUGGCGAAUUCAGCAGUCCCUGUGAUAUUACCCUUAGGAGAAACAAGAAAUCUGGUUUUAAGAAAAAGAUUUCGAUAGAUUUGGGUUUUACUAAUAUUAAUUUAAUGUUACUAGCAACUUCCAGAUACUGUUUUGUGGAAAAGACUGAAACACACAAUUCUGAUAAGCUCAGAAAAAAAAGAUUUUUAAUGGGGUAGUUUUAUUGAAAAAUAAAUAUUAAGUCCUGGUGUGGGGGUGUGAACUUCCUUGGAGAGUAGCUCAUUAGUUAAAUGAAAGCAGGAUCUCCAUAUCGGAUUCCUAUUCAGACAACACAAUAAAAUCGUGACAAUCAUUAAAAAUUUAAAAUAUGUUUUCAGUAGAAAAACGCUUAUCAGUGAUGAAUAUUUCCUUGGUGAUGUUGGUCUCUGCACACGCAUAAUGCAUCCGCUGGUUGUUCAAUAAAUAAGACAAUUCCAGGUAACUUAACUUUCUCUUUUCCUUAUAGGGAAAACUGUUGUAAGACCCAGUGGCUCAACUUCAAAAUAAAAUAUUUUAUAUCCCAAACGUUGAUUUCAAUACCAAAGAAGAUGGGGAAGCUAAAAUUUGGAUAUGAUUCUUACGUUUUUUUAAUAGAAAACUUUAAGUUUAUUUUGCUAAAUAAACAUCAUAAUUAUGAUUUA